AUGAAUCCAGCCUGCGAUCGAUGCCAUCGGCGGAAAUCCCGGUGCGACAAGGCUGUUCCCUCGUGCGGGCCAUGCAGGAAAGCAGGAGUUGCCUGCAAGUACGUGAACCACACCCGCGACCGCCAGAAAGCGCUCGAGAGACUGCAGCGGCGGAUUCAGCAGCUCGAGGGUGAGAAUCGACUGUUGACGGAGCGUUUGGGAAACCACAGGCCCACCGAGUCUGACAGUGUAAGUCAUCGGCCACCGGAGCCGAUCGAGACGGUGCAAGAGCGCGACGCCCUGAGCAACGAGCUCACAGAGGAAAUCUCCUUCUUGUCCAGUCGCGCCGGGGGAGAGAAUCAAUUCCUGGGGUCGACGAGUGGAGUUCUGCUGGCCAGCCUGGUCGACGCCACUGUACACGCGCCCUCUGGGCCAAGAGUCGAGAGCAGGCCCAUCGCCAGCCCAUUGAAUGGCAUCACGCCAAGUACUGCAGUAGAUGUAUCGCCAGUUCCAGACGAGCGAGUUGCGCGGGCUCUGCACGAUGCGUACUUCGAGCACGACCAUGUACCGUAUCCAUUCCUGCACCGCGCCACUGCUUUGGCGAUUCUGGACAAGACGUACCAGGAUGUCUCUUUCGCUCAAGACGCUUUUUCAUGCUAUUCAUUUAACAUGAUACUCGCCAUAGCUACAGCGAGCGUAUACAAGUUCGACCGCGAGUCGCUGCCUGAUGCAGAGACGUAUCAUCUACGUGCAGCUGAACGCUUGAAUGAGGUCCUGCAGCGAGGCGACACCCAGGCUUUGCAGGCGAUGCUGUUACUGUGUCAGUAUCGCAUGGUCAACUCGGUCCAGGAUACAUCAACCAGUAUGUGGCAUCUUGUUGGCGUUGCAGCGCGCAUGUGUCUAGAACUUGGCCUGCAUCGCGAGCAGGUCUAUCAAGUCCCUAAGCAUAGGGGUGACUCGAGUGUGGUUGUUGCACACGAGAUCCGUCGGCGCUGCUUCUGGUCUGUGAUCGCGAUGGACAGAAUUGUCAGUAUCACCUUGGGGAGGCCGUUAGCCAUUCGCCUUCAAGAUACAGACGUCGCUCUACCCAAUCCAUCUCUGGAUAGCUUAUUGAAUGACACUGCCUCUGACCUCUGCAUAACCGCCCUGUUCAUCCACAUCGUCCGGUACCGUGUCAUCUGCGGCGACAUCAUGUCCGCUCUACACACCGGCUCAACACGCACGCAGACAGACGCCGAGUCCGCUCUACGAGCCCGCGACAACCUCGCCAAUACUCUCGCCCAGUGGCACGCAGAUACAGCAAAUCUAUCCCUGGAAGACGAACCAAGCUCGCAGCCUCAACACCAGUCCAGUUUCCGCACGCCGGAGUGGUACGCAAUGUUAUACUACAACGCCCUUCUCAUGCUGUAUCGUCCGUCGCCAGCAUUAUCAGGAAUAUCAAUGCGCGAUCCCACAGUCCUCCAAAGUAUCUUCGUUGCCGCGAAACAGGCCAUUACGAUCUACGCCCAGCUGCACCGGUGGAAGCGGAUAAACUACACCUGGAUUACUUUACACGCUGUCUUCAUGGCAGGUUUAUCAUACGUCUAUGCAGUUGGUCGGCACUUCCGCUCGCAUAAACGGAAGCAGGGCUCCACAUCUACCCCAGUAGCCUUCCUUGAAUCUGACCCGGCGAUUAUCGAUAUUGUGAACGACUGCAGAACAUGCUCGAAUGUUCUAGUGGCGAUAUCUGAGCGCUGGAAUCUGGCAAAGAACUGCUACGACGUGUUUAAUCGGCUGAGUGACGCGGUUCUCACUGAUGCUGUCGAGUAUCAUACAAAGCCGUCCAGUUCCCAGACCCCUACACGGCUUCCUAUUGAGACAGCAGAUAUGACCUGGGAUAAUGGUUUCAAUGGGCCGUUAGCCGUUGACUCGGUCCUACGUGACUGUCUCGACGACCUGCAGCACUUCCAGCCAUCUGCAUACGGCGAUGACCCCGUCGGCCAGCUCUCUCACGACUGGAUGGGCGAGAUUGAAGGAAUGGGGUUUAAUCUAUUUCUAUGA